GAAGUACUUGGGAAAUCUUUCACGAAACAAUCUGUCAAUCAAGAUUCAUACCAACUCCAACAUGACAAACGAUAAUGGGGUCUAUGAGCCUGGUAUAAACCUGACAAUCGAUCAAUAUUCCCUUAAUGACAAUAUCAGGGUAGGAAGGCAAGAAGAUCUAGCAUCUGAUCUCGAUGAUACUCAAAGCAGACACCGACUCCUUAAUUCCCUUGGCACAGUAUUUAUAAAAGAUGAACAAGACAAAGGCUUCCGAAAUGGAACUAGUUUUAUUACUGUGCAAAAUAUGUUAUCUUUCAAGUCCACAGAGGAUGAUGACUGCGAGUUUGAAAUUGUAAGUCCAGAGGAGACGGGUCGUCUCUGGGGAAUGCUUCCUGCAACCAGAGGUUGUAUUAUCGUGCCAUCACAAGUUAAGACAGCUUUGCCUCUCAGUAAUGAAAGGCAAUCAGUCAUCUUGAGUGAUAUUAAUAGCUCAAAUUUUCAUACAAGCAACGGCGAAUUGAGAGAAAACCGUUAUGAAACAUGGGAUGGAACUGGUCUCGAUGAUCGGAUGGCAGGUCUAUCAGGAAGCAACCAAGAGAAGAUUCUCAAACGCGGGCUAUCAGCCAUAGAAAACUCAACUGGACUUGAGCAAUUGUGCAGUCAAUAUGGAAUGCCUAUCCUUGAUAAUCAAACUCCAGAGUUCAUCAGGCCUCCAAAAUUUUCGCAAUUUCACGAUCAAUUCACGGGUUAUCCACAAUCAGACGGGAAUUGGACGUCCGCAAGCCACGGGGCCAUUCCUAACGACUAUUUAAAUACCUAUCGAUCUGCAGAACACAGCAUGAAUUCGACACAACAAAAAACCCAAUACUUCAAUGUGAACAGUAGUGGCUAUGGAGGUGGGAGUAAAAAUGAGAUUCAUGGUAAUCAGGUCCCAGUCUUCCGAAAGCUGAGUCAAGAAAACCAACAAGAAAAUCACUGCUCCAUUUCUCGAAAGCGCACUCGAACCCUUGGCGUAGAGGCUACAGCAGUACAAGCCGAUGCUAUGAAUAUUGCUGGGGGCCCAUCAGACCUUAAAGAUGGAUUUGAGUUGGGUGGGAUCAAUCGGGGAUCUCCCAACCCCACAAAGAGAAACAAAUUCGCCAAAACCAAUCGCAUUUAUCAGCCACGAGUUGAGCAACGUGCCUGUUGCAUGUCUCGAGCAACGUCAGAAGGCUAGAGAAGAAGAAAAGAAGAACCCCACUGGUCGAAAAAUUCCUCGAGACUUUAAGGUUCAACCCAAAAAGCACAAGGAUUUUGAAGCCUUUCAAGUAGCACGGAAAAAGAAAGAGGAAAUGCAAUCCUACAAUAAAUUGAGUACCCCACUUUCGGAUCACUCUUCUUUUAAACCA